AUGCCGAGGAGGAAGAGGGCGACCACGAGGUUGUGGGGGACGGCGGCCGUCAUCCAUACAGCCAAAAGGGAGACGUUGGCUCUGUACGGCGCUUGGAUCAGCGUCUCGUACGAUCCUGUCGUCGGGAAUCAACAAACCCACUUGUAUUUCUGGAAAAAAUUCACCGAAGUUUACAACGCACGAAGGCCGAAGAAGACCUUUGCCCGCAACGUGAAGAUGCUACGCAGUCAUUGGGACCGAUGCGAUAAAGAUGUCAAAAAUUUUUGCGGGAUAUACAGGGCAGAAGAGGCGAAUUACCAAAGCUGGAGCCGUGGAGCCGACAUUCUGAGAGCGGCGUUGCGGUUCUUCAAAGACGACGUCGGUAAAGAUUUCAAGCAUGUUGAAGUUUGGUCGCACGUCCACCACCUUGAAAGGUGGGUUGGCGGUGUCGAGUCGGGCUCGGGCUCGAAACGCACGAAGCACACAGCGCGUGGCCACUACUCGUCUAGUGAUGGUGGCGAAGGCAGCACCUCACAAGAGGACACGCCAACCGAUGAUGCAGAGGGGUCUUCCGGUUCACGACGUCGGCCCCAAGGGACCAAGGCGGCGAAGGCGGCUAGAGCGAAGGGGAGAGGAAGGAGGAGGGGCCGCGGCGAAUCAAGGCAGGUGGGCUUGGGCUCGGGCUCGAACACCCUAAUGUCCAUGUACCUUCUCGCCACGAUGGUUGACACUUAA